UGUCCGCCUCAUCUCUUAUCACAUUAUUUGGUUAUCCAUUAGUUCACGAUCCCAUCUCACUUUGCGCACUUGAUAACUUUUUCGCUCGCGGUGCCCACGAUUUUCGCACGGACGGAUUUGAUACUGUGUAUUCGACGCUCAAGACACUCAUUUUGCGCCCGUCGAUUGACUUUAAUGACUUUUGCACAUACCUUACACUCAGUUUACAUACGUUCCUGUGUUGUGUGAAUUUUCUCCCGAGUAUUAUUGAUUUGAAUUCAAGAAUCUCCGUUCUAAAAAAUUAAACGUUUUUCGUCUUAUCCGGUGAGCGAUUCAUGGUUAAACGAUUAAGCUCCCUGUGAAAAGUCAGUGAUGAAAAAAUUUUAUUCGAUAAAACGUCUCAAGUGGCUGCAAAUUGUGUAGCGGUGAACGGAACACGUGGUCGGAUUGCGAGGAGUGUCCUAGAAACAAUUUCUCUCAUUUGUGUCCCGGAUUAUUCUGUCUAAGAUGUGUUUUAGAGUGAUAGUGGCGGUAAUAUUAUGCAUUCCGGCGAGCAGGGCAUAUUGUGGUGGUAGCUACGGCCCGUGUUAUUCCUCAUACCCACAAUCUUACUAUUCACCAAAGAAAUUCAUCCCGGCGCCCAAAGGUCAAACGCCAACUUGCGCUGUCCCGGGUUUAACUUUCUGUGAUCAUGUCGACAACUAUCCAAAGCAAAUUGUAAAGCAUCUCAUCGAAAACAUGGAAUUCAACUUCAACACCCUGUUCCGAGACGAGUCCAAAGACAACUUCGGAAAGAGGGAUCCUGUUCCAUAUGGUGUACAUCACGAUUCAGGCAAAGGAUUCCAAGGCUAUGACUAUAGUCCUGCUGUGAUGUCACCACCACAACAUCAUCCUUUUGAUCAACCGACUCCUUUCCAGAGUAAUUCUCAAGCUCACCGGCACUAUGAUGAAAGGAGACUCCCUUCAUUCACGACUAAUGCGCCGGAGAAGGGAUAUCCAUCCUUCACUACUGCCGAACCUCCUCAUUUUUCGGACAAAAAACUAUCAGCCUUGACCAAUGAUGUGCCCUAUACGGAUCCCUUCUAUGAUAAUUUUUUUAAGUCAGAUUCAACUUAUUACAACAAUCCAUCAGAUUGGUUUAGUAGAUUAAAGCGCUCAAAUCAGAGUGAAGGAUUUUCUUUAGCACCAAGAGCUCGGCGACAAGCGAGUGGCGGUUUUACGGAGACACUGUGCCCAACUAGGUCAAUGUAUGUUAUGCCUCAGGCUGCACUAAAUAACCAAGGAUCUUGGAAGUAUGUUGUGAAUCUUGGUGACAAACCUACACAAUUUGUCCAAAGUGAAGUUUGUGUAUCCUCUCAAUGUAAUAGUCUGUGUUCCCUUCCUAAUGGUUACAACUCAAGAUGUGAGCAGAAGUACGUUCAGAAACGUCUAGUAGCAUUAAGUGAUGAUGGUAAUAAUAUCUAUAAUGAUAUCUUUUGGUUUCCUCAUGGCUGUGUUUGUCAAUUUUCUACUCCUGUCUAAUUUAAUCAUUGUAAUUUAUCUUUGUAAAAUAAAAUUUUUGCGUUAACUUGAA